GCACACAUUGGAUAUAUGUAGAUGACUUCUCACCUACAUUUUAUCGCGUGUGCAUCUUGUUUUUAGGGAAUAAAAGUAAAAACCGAACUACAUCGUUCCAGUAUCUUACACCGAAAGCUUUAGCGUGACAUUACAGCAUUUCAGUAUAAUGGCGUCUUUGCGAAACAUUGAAAGUGUUGUACUCUUGGUGGUCAUCUUUGAGGUAUGCAGGGGACUAGGUCAAGAUCCCAUGGUAACGGUAGGUCAAGGAACCCUGGUCGGGAAAACGGUGACUUUCCAGGAGAAUAAAUUCAUCAAUAUUUCGAAACAAAUCGAUUUGUUUCUGGGUGUUCCGUUUGCUGAACCUCCUCGUCGCUUCGAGCCCCCUCGUCCGAAGGAACCUUGGUCAGAUAUAUGGAAUGCCACGUCCUUUGAAUCAUCGUGUUUCCAGAAUGUCCAUCCAAUUAACGCACCACCCAGUGAGGACUGUCUUUACCUAAAUGUAUAUGCUCCAAAUCCGACGCCUACCAAUGCUGCCGUGAUGGUAUGGAUACACGGGGGAUCAUUUAAUGAUGGCUCAGCGAUGUCGUAUGAUUACUAUGGGGUGCCUAUGGCGGCGGUCGGUGACGUAAUUGUCGUCACUAUAAACUACCGAGUGAACAUAUUUUCAAGAUUUUCAACAGGAGACGAGGCAGCAAGGGGUAAUUACGGGAUGUUAGAUCAAGUUGCUGCUUUACAAUGGGUACAAGACAAUAUCCGUGCUUUUGGCGGCGAUGAAAACAAGGUGACUAUUUUCGGAGAGAGUGCCGGUGCAGCAAGUGUUAACUUUCAUAUGCUGUCACCACUGAGCAAAGGUCUAUUUCACCAAGCUAUUAUGCAGAGUGGUAAUGGGGUGGCACCGUGGUCCUUUGAGCAACACCCAGAGAAUGACCGGCAAAAGGCUGAAAGGCUCGGUGAUGCAAUGGGGUGUGAUGACGUCUCCGAUUCGUCUCUGCUAGUCGAGUGCCUACGGACCAAAGACGCCAAUGAAUUGAUGACUGCAGCAGCGAGGGUAUACGGCGGCUAUCAAGUCACACUGGAUGGCGUAUUUAUGGAAGAUACACCGCUUAACCUCUACGGUAAAGGCGAAUUCGCUCAUGUACCCGUCCUGGCAGGCUUCAAUGAGGACGAAGGCACAUUCGUGGUCGUUUUCUCUCCUCCUACUUUCCAUGGAACCCCCAACCCACCUCCCCUACCUCGGAUCCUCUUAAACACUCUGGUGGCCGAUAGCGUUUCUGUGUAUGAUGGAGAUGACGACAUUUUAGAAGACGCCGUGUUUCAAGAGUAUGUCGACUGGACGACGGAUGAUCAGGACGCUGUGAACUAUUAUAGGCCGGUUAUCGAUGUUAUUAGCGACAGUUUCUUUCGAUGUCCGACGGAUGUUGUCGUACGGAAGCAUGUGGAGGCUGGGGAUGCGGUCUUCAAGUAUUUCAUGACGCAUGGCCCAUCAGCUACGAGCUACUUCGAAAUAGGAGAAAUAAUACCAUUCACACCUUGGUUGGAUGCGGGCCAUGCCGAAGAUCUAAUUUUCGUCUUCGGAAUGCCAUUCAUCGAACAACUUGCUGGCAUCCAUGGUCACAAUUUGACUGACGCCGAGAAAGCUAUGUCGGUCCAGGUCAUGCGAUAUUGGACUAACUUUGCUAAAUCUGGAAACCCGAAUUCACCCAGUACAGUAGGGAACUUCGACAGUUGGCCCGAGUACACCAUACCCGAAUUGCGCCAUAAAGAACUCUCCCCAGAGUUUAAAGAUGGUAGAGCAGCACUGGCAAGACAAUGCCACCUGUGGAAUGAGCAUCUAUACGCCCUUGCUGCAUCAACUGGUAAUCUAGAUGAAGAUCAAAAGGAAUGGAAGGAAAGUUACACUUCCUGGCAGAACGACAUGAUACUGUGGAGGACCGAAUUUGAGGAGUAUCAGGAGAAUACACCAUGCAAUGAAUAAUUAGUAUAAUAAUUAUAUUUGUAACAAUAUGAAUUCAUUCAAUUAUGAUAACGACAAGUCACACGGUCCCUUAACAAGGAAGGAUCUUCAUAACAAAUGAGUAAAUAUUCGAAAUGGAGGAUAUGAGUUGGAUGACGAUGGAGAUGGAGAUGAUGAUGAUGAU